AUGAGGCAAUUUUUUCGUCGAUUUUCUUCGUACAUAGCGAUGAGUUCCUACGAAGUAAAACACAAUGUGAAAGGACGUGAAUUUUUUAUAGCCCUAGAUAAAGGUUUGUCCAUCUGUUCUCUUUUACGGUGACAGGUUCACCGGCAUAUGGGUUUUUUUAGUUAAUUUGCUCGUUUGCUCGUAACCAGGGGCCCGUAUUAAAAGAUGUUUUAUGUUUGCCGUGUUUACAUUUAAGAUCGAGGUUUUAAUAGUUUUAAAACUGACACAAAAAAAUCAUGUAUCGGUUAAAUCAAAGCUCGAAUCAGCACUCUCCCCCCUAGCCAAAAAGCAGCAUCAUGUAACAAGCAACCCUACCAUAAAGGAUUACACAAGCUUUUCUCUGUAUGCAGACUCGCAUUCAAGAGCACAAGAAAGCUACAUCAAAAUUGUUAAAAGGGUAAUAUGGCCCCUGUCUUGAUUUUCUUGAGGUGGUUUGAGGUGUAGUGGGGGAAAGGGUAGGGAGUGGGGGGUGGGGGCAUUUGAUUAUGAGCAUCCUGAUGGAAGCCUUCCACUAGGUUUUAAGUCAAACUUAUGUCUUUAAGCAAGGCUUUCCUCUAAGAAAAAAUAAAGGGAGCCCAGUGCUCUGAACAUGUGAAAUCCAGGAUGCCCAGUAUAUGAUUUCUAUAGGAAAACUAAGAUUUUCUAGUUGCUUGGGAGCAAAAGUUAGAUGCCAGGGGCCACCGGGCACUGCUAAAGCACAGCUUUGCUUUAAGUGGUUGCAAAUUCAACAGUUCUUUUGCCUUUACAAACAUUCUCUCACACCCUCUAAAGUCUUAUGUGAAACGCACAUGAGGAAAGUGCAUUUCAUUGAGAAAUGGUGCCGAGCGAAAAGCGUCAGCCGUAAAAUUGGGGUGGGGGUCCCAUGACUAUUUGCGUGCUCACUAAGGAUGCUGAUGCAUGUUGUGUCCUUUGUCUCUCUGAAUGAAUUGUUAGCUUAUUGUUUCCAUGAUUCAAAGAUAAUUUAACUAAAGCAAAUCAAUACCUUGUCUUCUGACAAUAUGAUUUAUUAGGAACUGCAGUUACUCAAAGUGUAAAUUAUUUUGACUUUAUAAAAUAUUUUAAGGAUUUAAGCCAUUGGAAUGUAUAAAAUGUAAGCGAGGAACGACUUUUCUAUUUUUUUUUAUUUCAUUUUAUUUAAUUUGUAUGAAAGCAUCAUUCUUUCAUGUGAAUUUUUUGACAUUCAGAAGGAAAAAAACUUCAAAGAAAUGUUUCAUUUACAAUCACUGCAAUAAGUAUCUAUUUUGCUUCACUCACACUUAGAUGCAAAUCACCCUUCCAAAACAAUCAAGAUGUUUCACCAAUGUCAACCUACAAAUAAUAGGAGACAUUUGAUUGAUAGAAAACUUUGCUUUUAGUAUUGAUAUGUUUCAAUAGGCGCAAUUCUGUGAUGGCUAUGAAUUUCCCAAGGGAAUAUCAAAGCAACCUGAAGUUGAAUAUAUUUCUAGACAGUGCAAAGACAGUAGAGUAGUCCUUCAUGUUGCAAAAAGCAAUGACGUUCUGCACAUGGCAAAAUGCUCUGCUAAAUUUCCUUUCAUCACUUAUGCAGUUUGGUAUUUAAAUGUGGAGAAGAAAGCUCAUUUAUACUCUAAAGAACUCCCGAGACAGAUUUCUGACCAUUUUCACCAUAAGUUAAGUUGGUACUGACAAUAUAAUGUAAAUGUUCUAAAUGAUAAUUGUGCAUUUUUCAUCUUAGGAAAGGCUGUAUUGUUGUAUGAAAAUGAAGGACACAAUACCAUAAAUAUGUAUCACACCCAAGUACCAACUGAAUUGAGAGGACGUGGAAUCGCUGGACAGUUGGCUAAAGUAAGUAGUGUUCUAAAGCUCCAGACUGUAAUCGUAGAAACCUUGGGACAGACUCGUUUUAUUCAGAGGAGUUUUGAAAUAGUUUUAUAGAUUAUGGUAAAGCUAUUUUUCCUUUCUCAUUUCUGAGGGAAAAGCAGACAGUAUGACAUUUUUCCACCUUUAAAAACAUUUGCCAGUCACUUUCUGUCACCAAAAAUUGUCUUGCGAGAGUAGUGUGACAUUGUAGAAGCUUCUUGAAAGUUCAUAGUUUGUUUAUUUUAGUACCUUGUAUAAGCAUUUCUAAAGCAGUAUAUUUUGUAAUCUUUCUAUAAUUGGACUAUUUGCAAAGUUCUAAUUUUAUUGUGAAAGUAUAUAAGUAGACGAGUCCAAGCGAGGUUUUAACUAGUUUUCAAAAGUGAAAAGAGUUAAACGUUAGUCGUGUUUAGUAAAGUGUGGCCGAAACAGUGUUUAUUCAAGUUGGCGGAGACCGUGUAAGUUUCUCAAGUUANGUUCAUAGUUUGUUUAUUUUAGUACCUUGUAUAAGCAUUUCUAAAGCAGUAUAUUUUGUAAUCUUUCUAUAAUUGGACUAUUUGCAAAGUUCUAAUUUUAUUGUGAAAGUAUAUAAGUAGACGAGUCCAAGCGAGGUUUUAACUAGUUUUCAAAAGUGAAAAGAGUUAAACGUUAGUCGUGUUUAGUAAAGUGUGGCCGAAACAGUGUUUAUUCAAGUUGGCGGAGACCGUGUAAGUUUCUCAAGUUACGUGCAGUUGUAGAGUUGUACUUGCUGGAAACUACAUUCCUAUUUGGCAGGAAUAAAUUUUCUUGUUGCUGUUCUGACACCCUGUGUUCAGUUUAGUUUGCAAGUUACCCCUCCUCUUAAAGAUUACUCACGGAACACUUUCCCAUUUACUUAAGGCUUAUACUAAUAACAUCAACAUUAUUAUUUUGCUUUAGGCAGCUCUGGAUUAUGCUGUAAAUGAAGAUGCCAAGAUCAAAUUGACAUGUACAUAUUUGCAGAAAUACGUGAAUGACCAUCCUUCUCCAGAGUACACGUCUCGUGUUGUAGCACCUUAA